AUGUCCGACGUCCCACCAACCCAGUCCAUUCCCAAACCAGAGGAACCUAAAGCUGCAGAACCACAACAGUCUCCUCAGUUCCAGCAAGUACCUCCGAAUUACUACCAAUUUCCACCUCAAGGUUACUACCCACCACAAGGCUUCCCGAACUACCCUCCUCAGCCUAUGCCUUACUGCCCCAACCCUUGGUUGUUCCAGCAAGCUCCACCCCAGCAAUUCCAAUCUCAAUCCAAAUCGAAGAGAGACCAAGAGUUCGAAGAAGGUCUAAACCGUUUACGCAAAGAGUAUGCUACAGCUCCAAUUGAGAGAAAGUUGUUCCCGGACCAAAAAUAA